UUAACGUUAUAUAAACUCUGUAGUUCAUUAAUGUAAAAAAUAUUUGAAUAACGAUUUUAUUAUGCUAUUUCUAUAUAUACAGGCGACCUCUUGGCUUCCUAGAUUGCAUGUCACUUGUGAUUGUGGUUUCUUCAUAUUGUAUAAAAGAUAAUUGAGCAUGGGUUGCGUAUUUUAGUUGAUGUACUUAAUGAUUCUUUAAUUAACUUAGGACAAAGCAUUCAAAUGUUCGGAACAACUUCUGAACACGGUGACAAGUGUACUUAUGCCGUUGUUAUUCCGAAUUCUGCUAGUGAUGUAAGUAACGAGUAAAUGUAAGCGUGCAGUAUUGUGUUGUGUCAAUGAAAAUACAAGCUUUAAGUAUAGUACGAUAUAUGUGACAACAACAUGGAUGCUAUAAAAAUGGAACCUGAUUCAGACAGUGAGACAUACGAGUCUCAUAUAAAUGAUCUGGAACUUACAGCUGAAGAAGACAGAGUAGCAGAACCAUUCGCUUUCGCUGAAGUUAAGGUAGAAGUUGAGGUUAAUCCUCAGGAAGUUGUUGAAGUAAAAGUAGAACCAGACAUUGAAAUAGACUUUGAAGAGCAUCGUGUACAUGUGGAUGGAGUUGGUUCACAACAGUUGUCAAGUCAGAUUGCCAUAUUACCAACUGGUGCUGGAAACUGUCUAAGUGAGAGGCCACACAAGUGUUCAGAAUGUGGCAAUUCUUUCCCAACAUUUGCUGGUCUUCAGAAACAUUCAUACAAACACAAACCAAGGACAUUUUCAUGUGAUGUUUGUGGCCAAAGUUUCUACCAUCCUAACUUACUGAAGACUCACUGCAUGGUGCAUAUUGAUGGAAAACCUUAUUUGUGCGAAAUAUGUGGGAAAAGCUUCUUGCAGGCCUCUAAUCUAAGGCUACAUGCUGUGAAACACAAAGGAGUGAAGAGUCAUGAGUGUGAAUUGUGCAAAAAGAAGUUCUUUCAUGCAAGCACACUGAAAACUCACUACAUGAUUCACAGUGGAAUAAGACCGCAUGUGUGUGAGAUAUGUAAUCGAAGUUUCAAUCAUGCCGGGAACUUAAAAACGCACAUGUUGGUGCACACAAGGGAAAAACCAUUUCAGUGUACGGUUUGUGGCAAAGGGUUCGCCCUGCGUCAUGCUUUGGCUAGCCAUCAGACGCUUCAUACCGGUGAGAAACCGUUCAAAUGUGAUGUAUGCAAUAAACAUUUCCGACACCGUCAUUCACUCAUAAAUCAUCAGAAACUUCACACAGGAGACAAACCCUACGAGUGUGACAUAUGCCAGAAGAGAUUUGCAUUACGUGGCAAUUUGCAGAGACACAUUGCCACACACCCCAGUGACAAACCUUAUGCUUGCAUUUAUUGCACCAAAACGUAUGUGGACUCACAAUCUGUAAAGGACCAUAUUGCAUCUCAGCAUUCUGAUGAUCACAAGGGAGAGAUUAUUCUUGGUUUUUAAUUAUGUAUAUAGUACAUAUGUAUCAAAGUCAUAUUAUAUUUAGUAAAUAUAACACCAGAAAUUGCAGUUGAGUUGUGUGUACUGCUGAUUCAUAUUCAGGAGAAUUUGGGUUCAGUUCUUGAAAUUAAGACACAAUUUCCUGAGUCUCCUGAGUUUCUUCAGGCAAACUCUGAGAUAAUACCAUAAGAAGAUGAGCUUUCCCUUCCACAUCCUGUUAGUUUUCACUAUCACCUUCUUAUUUGUUGCUUUAUAACAUAACUUGUAACGUGCCUUGAAGUAAUAAACAAACAGCUUCCCUUAAAUUGCUCUAGUACCAAAAUCACUGUUCUCUUGUUUAAAAACAAUUUUCUAAUGUUAAGACAUACGUGAUAAGAAUAAGAUCCCUUGAAAUGGUGAAUGUAAUGCUGUCUUGUGAACCAUGCCAUUUGAAAUAAAAGAAAACUAUUCUAUAUCAUAUUUACACAA